CCUCACCAUAACAUCUCCCAACACCCAACACCCACCACCCACCACACCACCCACCACACCACAACACCCACCACACCACAAUGACAACUCUCCCAUCCACGCUCGAGGCGCACCGCCUCCGCCUCGAAGGCACCCUCGCAAAACUCCGCAAGGCCCUCGAUAACUGGCGCAUCUACUCGUUCGAAUACGAAGCGUUCCGCGAAGAGCUACUGGCGCUGCCUGCCGGCGCGUCGCGUGAUGAAAUGUUUGCGGUCGGAUUAGAAAUCGAGGGCGAGCUGGUCGACGACCGCGAGAUCAAAGGACUGCUCGGUGAUAAAGUCGGCAUCAAGCGCACGCGGGAUCAGGUCGUUGUCGCGGUGGGACAUAGGAUUGAGUAUGUCGACGAGAAUAUCAAGAAGCUCCAAACGCAGGUCGAUGCGACGGAGGAGAAAAUUGCGCAUACCCUCCUCGUGAGCGAGCCGGAGGCGAAAACGGAGGAGGGCCUGGCCGUCAUGGAUAUUCAGGAGGAACUGGAUGAUGAGGGGAACGUCCUGAACGCUUGGGUCAACGGGAAGAACCCUGAAGCGGCAUCGAGGUCGCUGGAUCCUAAGGAGUUGUUGGAGCUGGGGAAGCUGAUGACCGAAGCUGAAAAAAUCCGGAAGGAGGAAGCGAAGAAGGCCAGCGCAAAGGCCCCGGAGACUAAACCGACUAUGGCUCCCACAGAAAAGCAACCUCAGUCGACGCCUGCCGAUGACGAUAUCGACCAAGAGGAAGAGGGUGGCGGAUAUGUGCGCGUCAUCGACGACCCUGAAGAGCCCAAAGAGGAGGACUGGGUCAAGGCAAUUCCCGGAGAGAGCGAAGAGGAGACCAAGCUCCGCCGAGAGAUGCUGAAGUACAACAUGGAGGAGAUUGGCGCGGUGGUGGCCGAACUCAACCUUGAAGAGGACGGCGACUACUAUGGCUACGAGGAUUACUCUGAUGAUGAUGACGACGGGGAACACACUGAGGGCGAUGAUACGGAUGACGAGGAUAAGUACGGCCGGACUACUCGCCAAGUCGUCAGCGACAAUUAUCGGAGGGAGAUGGAAGAGCUCGAGAAGCGGUUAACUGGAAAAAUACCUAGGCCUGGACCGACAGCUGUGCCCAUGAAACAGCAGCCUACGCAACCAGCGACUGCUGAGACGAGCAAGAAAUCCACAAAUGGGAAGAAAGGCGUUCGCUUUACGGAAGAGCUUGAUAUUGCUCCAGCGUCGGCUCCAAAACCUGCUGUGGUCAUGGCCCAGCCGGAUGAGAUCGACUUCGCGCCCGACGAGGAAGAUGCCCUGCCGUUCCUUGAAAAACUUCUGGAGAGACAGGAGAUUUCCAACGCUGGCCCUGUUGCUCCGGUGCCAAUCCCAGUGGUGCCGUCUGUCGAGAAGCCGAAAUCAAAAGUGUCCCUCUUCAAAAAGGAGAAGUUGGCACCCUCGCCACUGCGACAAGUCGAAGUGCCCCAGGAACCAGCGAAGGAACCGGUUGAAAAACCGAAGCCGACAGCACCAGUGGUUGAGACGGUGAAGGAGAAAGUGGUUUCCUCAUCUACGAUCAGUGAUUCCGUUAUGGAGCGUGCUCCAGGUGCCCCAGUGGCACCAGUUCAACCGCCUAGUCUGGCGCCCAAGAAGAUGUCCCGCUUCAAGGCGGCUAAGGCCGCCGAAAAGGAGAAGGAAGAAAUGGAAGAAGGACCACAGGGCAUAAUGUCCAACUCCGUCCUUGAGCGCGCGCCGCCAACCAUUUCCUCCAAGGUGCGAGCCCCAUCUGACCUCGACCCAACAAUACAUCGUCAGGAAGUCGCGAUGGAGUUUCACAAGCUGCGGUCAAAGAUGAUGCACCGACAGGGAGGGUUUAUGCCGACGGAGGAGGAGCAAGCCAUCAUUCCGCUUGAUCAGGACGGCGAGAAGGUCAAGAUCAGCCGGUUCAAAGCGGCGCGAUUGAAGGGGCUUGAUCCUAAAUAAAUACUAGAUACUUACAUAGCAUCUCGCGAGAUAAUAUUUUCUCACAUUCUUCAGAUAUGGAGAUCCCCCAUUCUUUUUCGCGCUCCCUAUUCUCACCCCUUCUUUGAUAGUUGCCCCAUGUGCACUCACUAACAGUAUCCAUCUGCUUUCGCGAACAUUCUUAGCUAUAUGCUGCUACGGGAACGCUAUUAUCUGCUUUAUUCAAGCUCACUCCCGCGGUUUCCAUCUGCGGGGGGCGCAUGGCGCGUUCCUAGAUUGAUACUAUACGGAAAUCCUCUGACGGGUGCCCUGGGCGAUGGGGCACGUCGACUCGUUUCAUUUCCAACAUUCUCAUACUAAGAUAGAGUAGCUGAAGCAAACUGGUAAAAUGAUAUAUGA